CCUGAUACGGCUCUGCGCCCGGGGGAGGGUCUCCAGUCUCCACUCCGGCUGCCAUAACGCGGCUCAGCGCAGGCAGGGAAGCAGGCAGGCGGGGAGGGGGAAGCUCAUCCUCAGAGAGAUCUGCUGGAAACAUGAUCAUCAGGGGCACCUAGUCGCAUUCUUCGGCUCCGGUCAGACGAUUCGACAACUUCCUUGUGGUAUCCACCGAAGGACAUAAAAGAGGACAGAGACGUGCGUCCGCGCAGGAACGACAGAAGCCGACAUCAUCCGCCGCUGCGCCGUGUAAGGCGAGGUCAUCGCGGUACAAACGGUUCCUAUGAUCCCCUGUGCCUUUCUCACAAUCUGAAGCUCUGACACGCUUCUAAUCGACCUCCAACAUCACCAGCCCUCUCUUCAUCCAGUACCAGUAUCGACGUGUCAGAGGAUGUGAGUAAGAGAAGGACCGAGGCUAGAAAACCUCUAUAAAUCCAACCAAGAAGGGAACUGGGAACACACGGUUGUUAUGGACUGACGGGUCAUCUGAUAGCAGAUCACAGUGGCUUUGCUUGGAAGUUGACAAUGGUGUUGUUUCUGAUUGGGAUCUCUAUUGCUGUGAAUAAUUCAUCUCAUGAGAACCAAACUGCAGAAAACCCAACUCAUCAGGGUGCUCAUGUGUUGCCCUCGACGUUGGUCAUCUCCCUGCUUCUUAUCAUCGUCGUCCUGCUGACUAUCUACUGUCUGAGGUUCAAAAACCACAGGAAAGCUCUGGUUACCUCAGUGGAUAAAAAGAUUCCGAAUGGCUUCCUGGAGGAACAAGGAGAGCAGACAGUGGUCCUGCUCCCCAGAUCCCCCUCGCCAUCCAAGAGGUACUUCCCCAUUCCUCUGGACUCGCUGGAGGAGGAGUACCGGAUCCGCUCGGCGGACGACGGCAAGCUUUUCAGAGAGGAGUUCAAUUCGCUGCCGUGUUACUACCACCAUGGGUCCUUUGAGGAGGCGAGCAGAGAGCACAACAGAGAGAAAAACAGAUACCCAAACAUUUUACCAUACGAUCAUUCAAGGGUCGUGUUAAGUCAUCUUGAUGGACAUCUGUGCUCAGACUACAUAAAUGCAUCUUACAUAGAUGGUUUUAAAGAGAAGAACAAAUUCAUUGCAGCUCAAGGUCCAAAGCUCGAGACAGUGGCCGACUUCUGGCGGAUGAUUUGGGAACAGAAAACAGCAACUAUAGUAAUGCUGACGAAUCUGAAAGAAAGGAAGGAGGAAAAGUGUUAUCAGUACUGGCCAGAAAAAGGCUGCUGGAUGUACGGGAAUGUCAGAGUGGCAAUGGAGGACUUCACUGUACUGGUGGACUACACCAUUAGAAAGUUCUGUGUUCAAUAUCAAGGCAGCGACGGUCUCAGAGCUCCUCGGCUCGUCACACAGCUCCACUUCACCAGCUGGCCAGACUUCGGGGUGCCGUUCUCGCCCAUCGGCAUGCUGAAAUUCCUCAAGAAGGUCAAGGCUGUCAAUCCAUCCUAUGCUGGACCUAUUGUUGUUCACUGCAGUGCCGGGGUUGGGAGGACUGGGACGUUCAUUGUCAUUGACAGCAUGAUCGACAUGAUGCACAUGGAACAGAGGCUGGAUGUCUUUGGCUUUGUGAGCAGAAUACGAGAACAGCGCUGUCAACUUAUCCAGACAGAUAUGCAGUACUCCUUCAUCUACCAGGCUCUGUUGGAGUACUAUCUAUAUGGAGACACAGAGCUCGAUGUGUGCUCUCUGGAGGGCCAUCUGCAGAGGCUUCACAACACCAGGGCUCCCCACGACAGGCUGGGCCUGGAGGAGGAGUUCAGGAAGCUGACCAACGUUCGCAUAAUGAAGGAGAACAUGAGGACUGGGAACCUUCCUGCCAACAUGAAGAAGAACCGUGUGCUUCAGAUCAUUCCGUAUGAUUUCAACCGAGUAAUACUCUCAGUGAAAAGAGGACAGGAGUUCACCGACUACAUCAAUGCCUCCUUUAUUGAUGGCUACAGGCAGAAGGACUAUUUUAUCGCAACCCAGGGCCCCCUGUCUCACACAGUGGAGGACUUCUGGAGGAUGGUGUGGGAGUGGAGGUGUCAUUCAAUCGUUAUGCUCACCGAACUCAAAGAGAGGGAGCAGGAAAAGUGUUUCCAGUAUUGGCCAUCAGAGGGCAGUGUAACAUUUGGAGAUUAUACGGUGGAGCUGACUGGAGAUACUCAGUGUGAAACGUUCACUCUCAAAGACAUGGUUCUCACCUACAGACCAGAAAAGCAGUCACAACAUGUUCGGCACUUCCACUUCCACGGAUGGCCUGAGAUUGGAAUACCAGCCGAGGGGAGAGGAAUGAUUGACAUUAUUGCCGCUGUGCAGAGGCAGCAGCAGCAGUCUGGAAACCGUCCCAUAAUUGUACACUGCAGUGCUGGUGCUGGUCGGACCGGUACCUUCAUCGCCCUCAGUAACAUUCUGGAGAGAGUGAAAGCUGAAGGCCUCCUGGAUGUUUUUCAGACAGUCAAGAGUUUACGUAUGCAGAGACCACACAUGGUUCAGACUGUGGAGCAAUACGACUUCUGCUACAGAGUGGUCCAGGAUUUUGUUGACAUUUUCUCAGACUACGCCAAUUUUAAAUAAAACCCGUCAGAUAAUGUUCUGUGUACUCCUGUCGAAUUAACGUAUGCAAUUUUUUUCUGAAUGUUGUUUUCUAAAGCGAGCUCUUUUUACAUUUUGCACUUGAUUACAGACCUAAAAACAUGUUGUAACAUACUGUAAAAUACCUGAAGACGUGUCACACAGGAGAGUCUGUCUCUUUCAAGAAUGUUUCUUUCAAGUACCCCCAUGUAAAAUAUAGAAAUUAAAAUGGCUACUUGAUCAGUUGGCUGGGUUCUUGAAUAUGUAAAAAACAAUUAGAGUUUUAUUUUUUGUUUUUAUUUUUUGGACAUUUUUAGGUUAAGAGGGAAUUUUAACUGUACUCCAACCAUAUGUAUAUGCAUUUUACACUGUAGUAUGGAUUGCUACAGAUACACCACCAGUGUGUUGUAUAGUACACCAGUUCUUUUUCAUUUAUUUUGUUACCAACCACAAUGCCUCUGAUUUACAUUAUUCUUUUUUUAUGCUGCCCAUGCAACAUGUGUAAAUGCUGCCAAGAGAACUAAUUAGAUUUUUAUAAGUAGGAUGAAGCGAUUAAUUCUUCUGCUAAAGUAAUAUCUUGUCUGACACGUGUGAAUAAUAUUUAUGAUGUACUUUAAGCUCUAACAAAAACAUACAGUUUCAGCCACAUUUCAUUCUGUCUGGGAAUAACUUAACAGCUGCUGCCUGUUGCAAUUUUAUUCAACUCCGCCAACUUUCUUUUUUGCCUGUGGCAAUAUUACUUAGUGGAUUGGUGCCUGACUCUGCAAAAUGCAAUUAGCCCACAUUGGAUCAGGCAGGAAAAAAUGUAUUAUUACAUGAAUUCAAAUGUAUCAUCACAGUCAGGCGCCUCAUUCUGCUUUAUAGAAAAAGGAGAACAAUUUUCUACACUUUACCAAGCCAACUUCACACUUGCAUGUUUGCAUUAAGCAGUGCCAUACUGAUUAGAAAGACUUCUAAUCAUGAACAACUUGUCACCGAGUGACACAAUUUUAAUAAAUAUAAAACAGAUGUUUACUCUAUGUUUAAUUUAGAUAUAAUGAAUACAUUUUUCAAAGUGUGUUGUUUCUGAAUGGUGGUUUCAUGUAAGAGUCCAACAAUUGUUUGUACAAACGCUUCUCAGAAUAUUAUACAGAUUCAAAUGUACCAUAGUUAGUUGUUGCAAAAAGCUCUGUAAAAAGAACAAAAAAUGUAGAAAUUUGUGUUUAAAUUAAAUGGCUAUAAAUUGAUGCAGCAGGACAUUUUUUCAUUCACAGAAACAGAGAUGGAAAAUGUCUGGAACAUUGAAAAGCAUUCAUCUCAUAAAAACAUGCUCAGCAAAAAUAUGAAACGUGCAUUUUGACAUAUUUUGACUACUUCAGUGAGGUCGGUUUCGUAUUUAAAUUCCAACAUUGCUGCAAAAACAAAAGCAUAUAUUUUUGCAAGACUUCUGCAUAUUUCUUUACGGAACAGUAGACUUGGGAGACUCAAGUUUGGGUGAAGAACUUUCUACUGUCUUUGUACUUCCAUGAUUAUAAAUUUGUAAGACUGGUUUAUACGUGACGCACUGAUCGUUUUGUUCAUUUCGUGUACAUAAAUACUUAUGGUCAUUGAUACUGCAUUGCUGAAUUUAACCAAUUGUCAUGCUGAAUGAGUAAAAAAUGAGGGUAAUGACAGUGAGACCUUGCAGCUGAUGUAACAAAGGCAUCUUGUUUCAACGAUGUUUCUACUUUUUUUCAGUCUGUACGGAUUUGAACAUCUAUUUGUUUGCUAAAAGCAGAAUCCAAUAAAUUAUAAUGGUG